AUGAUAGUUCGAUUGCGAACAAUUUGUCUUUCGUCAUUGUUGAUUCUUGUUAUUCUCUUCCUAUAUAUUAUUUGGCCAUGGUUUCAUGCUGCUUAUGUAUGGCGUCAAAGUACAAUCAAAUCUCUGAAUUUUCCUACGACUUCAUUAUUAAACAAUACAAAUAGUCAAAUACCACGAAUAAUACAUCAAACAUAUCGUGAUAUACACUCAAUACCAUUUAAAUGGCAGCAAGCAAUGAAUAGUUGUCGAACAUUUCAUUCAGAUUAUAAAUAUUAUUUUUGGACCGAUAAAGAAGGACGUCGUUUAGUUGAAAAAGAAUUUCCUUGUAUUUUAUCAACAUAUGAUUCAUAUCCAUAUGAUAUUCAGCGCGCUGAUGUUAUACGUCUUGUUGUAUUGUAUGUAUAUGGAGGAAUUUAUUUAGAUUUAGAUAUUAUUUGUUUAAAAUCGCUUGAUCAAUUAUUAAAUUAUGAAUUUAUUCUACCACAAACCAAACCUGUUGGAUUAUCGAAUGAUUUUAUUGCUUCAAAACCUAGACAUCCAUUUCUAUUACAAGUUUUAAAUGAUUUACCGAAAUUUCAUCGAAAUUUUUUCACUAAGUAA